AUGCGCGAAAUGGACCUAGCAACUGGCUUAUUGACCAACUACGAUAAACUUUAACGUUUUCAAUGUAAUGAUCGUGUUAUUACCCGUCUUGCCACCUAGAGAAUAUGAAAAGUGAUCUUUAUCAGGUUACAUUACCACCUCGGAAAAUUACUGGUAUCUAAUUAAAGCGGUGAUAGAUGUUCUACGUAGAACCCUUAUAGCCAUCAGAAUAUAAUGAGGUUACUGAGGAGGAAGAGAAGGAUCAUGUGCUGUCGGUAUUUUUACUCAAACAUGGAAGAAGUGAUGAAAUAUUAAUGACAGUUGGAAGGUUAGACCCAGAAAGCUUUGCAUCAGUGAGAAGGGGGAGCAAGCUCUUCUUCAACUUCUUGGUUAUUCUGAAGAUUCGUCAAACAGCCAACGCAGCUACCGCCUAUACAGGACAACGAUACAACGGUUAAGCUUCAACGACGAAGGGAACAAUGGAAAGUGAGUGGCAGAACAUCUCCAGGGAUACUACAGAACCCGCAGAAUGGGAAUGGACACCUGUUUCAUGGACAUGGUGGACAAUCAUCCAGUUGGUUCUAGCUAUUACGGGUAUCCUGGGCAACCUUCUGGUGAUGUUAGUCAUUUAUUGGCCGGGACGUCGACGAUGUGCCACCGACAUCUUGAUUGGUGCUCUUGCCGUCGCUGAUUUCUUAACAUCCAUCUUCAUUAUACCGAUUCCUAAAGUGGCCUUCUACCCGAACACCAGCGUAGCUAGGUUCUACUGUAAGGUGAUCCACACUUCGACCUUCAUGUGGAUUUCCAUUUGCGCAUCCAUCUUUAUCCUUACAGCCAUAUCUCUCGAGAGAUUGUUGGCUGUCAGGUUUCCUAUCUGGUUCCAGCGGGUAUUUUCUCCAAAGAGCACAUCCAUCGCUAUUAUCUUCAUCUGGAUUGCAGCAUUCGGGAUCAACACCCGAAGUCUCUACGCUCGAUACAUAUCGGACGGUAAGUGUAUGCUAUACUCACCGUCUGAUGCGUUCAACAUAUUUAUCGGGGUUUCUUUGUUCCUUGUGGAGUAUGUCUUCCCGGUAAUUAUCAUGGUGGUAGCGCACGGAUGGACCAUCUGUGUUCUUCGAAAACGUCGUGCCACAGUGCUCCGCAAGGCGCAGGGCCAGGUCCUUCAAAUGCUCGUCAUCGUCGUCAUCACCUUCAUCAUCUGUUGGACACCUGAUCAAUUUGGAUUCCUUGUUUUCAACCUCGGGGUCGUCCCUGUAACCCAUCUGUUCAGUCCUCUCUACAGAUGCUUCGUCAUAUUGGCCUUCGCCAACUCCUGUGUGAAUCCUUUCAUCUAUGCCGCCAGGAUGCCCAAGUUUAGGAGAGCACUAAAGGAAUUGUUUACGAGUAAGAUCAUCCUUGGUAGCCGGGGAAUCCACUCUCUCUUUGCUGGUGAAGGAGGAGAGGGAACUUCUGAAAAGAGUGAUAACCGAUCCAAAGCUACUGAAACCUUCGAGGCGUAAUGGCAAAUACAGAAAUACUGUAAGCCAAUAUAUUACACAAAGAAGAUCGUUUUUGCCACGUAGUUUUUCACUUUUAUCCAUGUCGUUUUACUAGAUUUCCAUGGAACUGUGCAUGGGAAUGUUAUGAAAAAAAGCAUUCAGGCUUUCUUGAAUGAACUAAAUAACCAACACAUAUGGAGACACGCCCUACCGAUUUGUUCUGAACAGGGGCCUUCCGUUUACCGUAAUUCUAUAUACUAAUGAAGCCUUAAUUAUCAUCAAUAAUUAUCUUCAUAUACAGCGAGUGGGUUACGAAAAUACUUCUUGAUGAAUAACUACUAUCUACUUUGUUUAUUUUUUUUCACCUACAUGCUAUAAGAGGCACUUGUGAGAAGCCAAUAUAUAAGCGUAUGCCAACUAUCAUUUUAAUAUCUUGUCAGUCCUAGGUCAUAUAUUUUUCUUUUGGUGCUCAGUCAGCCAUAUUUUAUUUGUUAAUUCAUUCAUUUUCUGAUUGAUUGACUGAUUAAAUGAAUGGUUUACCUGUACAUUUAUCUAUUUAUUCAUUUAUUCACUCUCUCAGAGUCACUCCGUUUUUAAACAGAAUAAGGCCAUCGGUGAUCAAGGUAGGCCAACUAUUUUUCCUAGGAGAAUGAGCCAAGACGCCUGGGUGUAUAUGAUGUAGGCCUAUUAUGCUUCACAAUUUUCUUUUCUUGCCAUAAUUUUCUCAAUAUUACAGUCAUGUUUUAUGCCAUGUUUGACUUUUGUGCCCUCUUAGCAUUUCUUUUGCAUCAUGUUAUUCUUAGAAUAGUUUGUAUAUACUGAAUAAUACUUAAUAUCUUUUAACUAUAUAUAUAAUUAACUUAUAUUGUAUACAUUUCACAAAUAUCCAUUGACUUUUAUCGUUUAUUCUCAAACUGUCAUACGCAAAUUUAAAUUUACAUAUUUGUAAAUGUCAAGUGUUACGACAUGUCGAUAUAAACUCAUGUAGAGGAAAGUUUUAGGGAUAAUAUGGUUAUUUGAUACUCAUACUCAUAAUGUCAUAAUUAAUUUUUUUUAGAAUUAGCCUCCUAAUAUCAAUGAUAAUAAUAAUGAUAAUAAUAAUAAUUAUGAUAAUACUAAUAUUAAGAACAAUAAUAAUGAUAACAGUAUAAUAAUAAUUACAACAAUAAUCUUAAUGGUAAUAACAAUCAUAUUAGUGAAAAUAGUAAUAAUGAUUAAAAAAAUAAUAUAACUCUAGAAACGGAGAAUACAGGGAUCAUAUCUUUUAAUUAGGAUGUAUAUUUAACAAAUUGGUCUGUGUUUUAAAAGCAGAUUCAAAGUCAUACAUAAACAGUUGCUGGCUGCUAUUUUAUAUCAAAUACACGAUGCUAUUGGAAGCAAUAUUGGGUUUAUUGUCCUUGGUUCAAUAAUCCUAGUGUAAUCAAAUAUGAUCUUGGAAUCACUAUAACAAAAGAGGGUCAUAUCACAUUCAGUUUCCACGCUAUUUUAAUUGCAUGGGUGAGGUGUAACUCAAUACAAAAAUGAUAAAGGAAAGCAUAGUUUCCGGAGUUUUUAUAUGAAUAGAAAUUCGAAACGUUUGCAGCGUUUAUUUUUACUAUGGAAUGUAUUAAAGAUGUUAUUAAUUACCAGGAAAAUUUAUUCAUGCUUUGCUAUCGAUUUCAUUGAUCGCAAGGUUGAUUUUUUUCCUUUCAGUUUUAGAACACUCUACGUGCAUAAUAUGUUGGUGUCUCUGAAGGGUUUUGUGCAAAUCAUGACAUAAAAUGUAAUGCGAUUUAACGAUUAUUGUUGACAGGAAGUAAAGUGUGUCGUGUGUAAAUUUUUAUUCUUAAUAUUUUCAUUUCCACUGUGGGAUGUUAUUCAUGACAUAAACAAUGACGCAAUUUGACGAUUAUUGUUGUAGGGAGGAGGGAAAUAAUUGUUAUGUCAUGUGUAAAUGUUUAUUUUUAAUCAUUUUCAUGUUUUUGUGGUUGGGAUGAAGGGCAAAGUGAUGUAGAGUGUAAAUAGUUUUGUUUCAUUCUUUUCAUCAUAUACGAUGGAUGGUUGUAUCAUGGUUGUAUGAAAAAAGAGUAAUAAAAGCACACAAUUCGUGGAAUUUUAAA